AUGGCACAGUCAGUAGCUGUGACAGUGACUGUGGCCAGCAAAGCAAAGAAUAUUUGCUAUCUGGGCCUUUAUAGAAAAUGUUUGCUGACUCAUGACUUAGAAGCUUAUUGUUCCACCUUAAAGAAGAAAAUGAAAAAUGUAACUAAGAAGCAAGUUCAAGGAGGCCCAAGUGCUAAAGAUGAGUUAGAGCAGGACUCGGGCAUAUCUCAAGGUUAUGAUGUGCUCCCUAGCCAGGACCGGAAAGUCAGGCCUGCCAUUGUGACAUCCGCAGCCAGCCUCAGCUUUAGCUCGCGCCGCGGCGUGGGAAGCCCACAGCAGCGGCCCCGCAGAGGCGGGAGCGGGGCCAUGGCUGAGGUGGCUGGGCCCACUGGUGAUCCCAAAGCCAUUGAAGUUAAAACCCAGCUGGGCGCCGAAAAAACCCUGACGCCACCGCCCAGGAGGGGCCCGCGCUCGGUGCUCAAAGUCUCCCAGCUGCUGCUCCGAGCCAUCACUGCGCACAAAGGGCUGACCCUCGCCGCCCUCAAGAAGGAGUUUGGAAAUGCUGGCUACGAAGUGCGCAGGAAGUGCUGCCGCCCCUCGGGCGAAGCACCCAAGUCUGAUGUGAAGGGCACGCUUCUGCGGGUCAGCGGCAGGGACGCCUCGGGCUACUUCAGGGUCUGGAAGACUCCGAAGCCCAAGAGAAAGCCAGGACGCCCGAGGGUGGCGGAGGGCGCGCGCUCUUCGAGGAGGAGCCUUCCGGGGCCGCGGAGCCCACGGAGGCGCAGCACGCAUCGCAGGGCGGCCAAGAAGGCCAGGGAGGUAUGGAGACGGAGCACCAGGAGCACCAGGGCAAACGCGAGGAAGAUAAGGGCAAGAGCCAAGGACUCGGUGCGUUCCAGAGCCAGGGAGGAAGCGAGGGCUAAGGUGAUGGAGGAGAGGAAAGGACGGACCCUGAAGGAAGACAACAGGCCUAGGACCCGAGAAGAGAGGAGGAGGCCAGGCUUGAAGCCCAGGGAAGAGAAGCAGCAAGACCAGGAGAAGCCGGUAAAACGCACCCUCCAGAAGACAACCUUGGUGAAGACUGACCGCAAUUCUAGCAGUCAGGGGAAGACUCAUGAGCCAAGGGCUGCCCGCACAAAGACUUCCAUGAAAUGUGAAAGUGCUCGGAAUGCAGCCGGGUACCUGUAG